CUAGCCUCAGCCUUUUAUCAGUUGGUCAAAAUCAACUCACCGGUGCCAUCCCUCAGGAUAUUGGAAAUCUUAGGUAUUUAGAUACCUUGUCUUUGCUCAUGAACAAACUCACUGGUUCGAUUCCUGCAUCAGUGGGUAAUUUGAUAAAUUUGACUUAUUUAUCUCUUACUCGGAAUCAGUUAACCGGUUUAUUACCAAUAGGAAUCAACAAUCUAACACAACUGAGAGUAAUAUAUUUGAGUGACAACAAGUUUUCAGGUUAUUUGCCUCAAGAUGUAUGUCGAGGUGGAACACUCGAAGAAUUUGUGGCAAGUGGUAACCAUUUUAUGGGUCGUAUACCAAGAAGUCUUAGAAAUUGCAUUAGCCUCAGAAGUCUCGAUCUUUCGAUGAAUGAGCUGGUUGAUAAUCUGACAGAAGCGUUUCACGUGUAUCCAUUUCUAGAUAGGUUUCGCGUGCAAAACAACAUGUUGUAUGGUGAACUCUCAAAAGAAUGGGGGAACUGUCCAAGUUUGACAGCUCUAUCUUUCUCAGGGAAUAAUAUUACUGGUAACAUACCAUCUGAAAUGGGCAAGUUGAAGAGUUUAAGUGAACUUUAUCUUAAUUCAAAUAACUUAGUAGGAGAAAUUCCUAUGGAGUUGUCGAAUCUGUCUUCACUGAUUCGUUUGGAUUUAAGUAAUAACCAACUUUCCGGUAGCUUGUCUUCUGAAGUUGGAAAAUUCUCCAGCCUUCAAUAUCUCGAUCUAUCAACAAAUAAACUCAUUGGGUCAAUACCAAAACAACUUGGGGAAUGCUCGCAGUUAUUAUCUUUAAAUCUGUGCACAAACAAUUUUAGUGGAAGCAUCCCACCCCAGAUUGGAAACUUGGAUUCGUUACAGAUUUUGUUAGAUCUUAGUUACAAUGAGUUUACUGGAGAGAUACCGUCAUCUCUCGGCAAACUAAGCAAACUGGAAACACUAAAUUUGUCACACAACAAGCUUGUCGGCUCAAUUCCAUCUUCAUUUGAUCAAAUGCUUAGCUUGACCUCUGUCAAUAUUUCGGACAAUGAACUGAGUGGUUCUCUUCCAAAUAUCAAGGCUUUCAAGGAUGCUCCAAUUGAUGCGUUGAUGAACAACAAAGGGUUGUGCGGUGAUAACACUACAGGUUUAAAACCAUGUAAUUCUCCGGUUGUGUUUAGAAGAAAACAAGACAAGAAAAAUAUUUUGCUCGUGAUCCUACUUCCAUUGAUUGGUUCGUUCUUUGUUUUGUUCAUACUACUCGCCAUUUUCUUUUGGCUUCGAAAAAGAUCUUCAAGAAAUGUCAUGCCUGCCGAUCAGGCAACAGUUUCCAGUACCGGAAGAAACUUAUUUUCAGUAUGGAAUUACGAUGGGAAAAUAGUGUUCCAAGACAUAAUUGAAGCAACUGAGAAUUUUGAUGCAAAAUAUUGCAUCGGAACAGGAGGAUAUGGGAGCAUUUAUAAAGCAGAGCUUUCGACAGGUCAAGUUGUUGCUGUGAAGAAACUUCAUUCGUCUGAUGAAGUUUCUGACUUAUCUGAUCUUAAGUCAUUUGAAAGUGAAAUUCAUGCAUUGACAGAAAUCCGACACCGGCACAUUGUGAAGCUUUUGGGUUUUUGUUCUAAUCCAAAAAGACAAGUUUCAUUUUUGGUUUACGAGUUCAUGGAAAGAGGAAGUUUGAAAAAUGUUUUAUCAGAUGUGGAACAAGCUGUUGAGUUCGAUUGGGUAAAGAGGCUAAGAUUCAUCAAGGGAGCAGCUAAUGCACUUGCUUACAUGCACCAUGAUUGCAUUCCAGCAAUUGUUCACAGGGAUAUAUCUAGCAAUAAUAUUUUGUUGGAUGCUGAAUAUGAAGCUAGGGUUUCUGAUUUCGGUACAGCGAGGAUUUUGAAGCCAGAUUCAUCCAACUGGACUUCACUUGCAGGAACCUACGGAUACGUCGCUCCAGAGCUUGCUUAUACAAUGAAAGUUACCGAGAAAUGUGAUGUUUAUAGCUUCGGGGUGAUCAUAUUAGAAGUACUUAUGGGAAGCCAUCCAUCUGAAAUUAUCACGGAGCUCUCGCAAAUUCUUCUUUCAUCUCCUUCAUCGAGUAAGGUGGGGCAAAACAUAAGGUUGUCAGACAUCUUGGACCCAUGCCUUGGAGCACCAGCUGAUAUCGUGAAGAAAGAAAUAAUGUACAUCGUCAAGGUUGGAUUCUCCUGUUUACGAGGUGAUCCAAGUACUCGGCCAACUAUGCAAGAAGUAGCAGCAGAGCUAUCAUUGUCUGCUCGGAGCAGGGAAAAUUUAGAAAAGCCUUUUGAAAUGAUUACACUAGGAGACAUUCUUCUGUCAGAAUAAUUUGUAUAACCUAGUCAUCUUCUAAUUUUCUUUUCUUUUGGCUCCUCUAAAUUAUGAAGUUAUGAGUAUUUUUCUUUCAAUUCAAACCUUUUUUUUUCUUGAGUCAA